UGAAUAUUAAGAGUACAAUGAUAUGAUGAAUUCAACGAAGCUCAACGAUAGUGGCGGGCACAACCUCAUUUUCAGCGGAGAUGAAGAUCUAAUACUUCAUCAAAAUGGAAGUUGUGCUAUUAGAGAGUUUGAUAUUGCUUCGCUAAUUAUUCAAAUAGUUAUAUCAAGUAUUAUCAUACUUCCAAAUGGAGCUGUGGUGAAAGUAAUAUUUACAGGAAAGAGUCGGCUUUAUCAAAAACCAGCCUACUACUUCAUUGCAAGUCUAGCAAUAGCUGACAUGUCUGUAGCCAUCUAUGUUAUCAUAUCAAUACUUAUCAACGACAUUGCUGGAAUCCAGAUGACAGCGCUGUCCUGGGCAAUCAUGUAUACUUGUGGAAGCAUUCCUUUCUAUGUAUCUGUUCUCCAUCUACUACUGAUUGCAAUUGACAGGCUGUGGUUUAUUGGGUACAAUAAAAUUUAUCAAAAGUACAUGUCACUGCGUACAUCCGUGCUGCUCAUUUUAUUGUGUUGGAUGCUUUCGUUCACGCCCAUCGUUGUAGUGCUGCUAGGAGUCGGAGCAUGUGGGGAUUUAUGUGAUUGUCCGGACGAUGGGGUUUUAAAGUGCAGUGAUUUUAAAUGUUCUUCCAUAUUUGUGGUGUACAAGAAAACCUAUUUGCUUGGAAACGUUUUCUUUUUCUUAUUCGUUAUGGUCAUCAUAUGUUUCCUCUACGCCACGCUAUUUUGGAAGGUUCACCGUAAGUCUCAAAAGGUUCGAGGAUAUUGCAAUUCAUCUAUGCACCAAACGCAAAGUAGGAAAAUGAUGCGAGAAUUCAGACUAGCAAGAACCCUGGCUAUUGUAAUUCUUGUAUUCUUUGCGUGCUGGGGUCCUCUCAUGAUCGGAUACAUCAUCGACUUCACCUUACCAUUCAACGUGAGAAUCGGAGAAACUGUUGGGAAUUUAUUGUCCAUCCCUAAUCUUCUCAACUCUAUUUCAAAUCCAAUUAUCUACGCUGCUCGAAUGAGGCACAUGAGGGAAGCUUUAAUACCUUGCUCCAAACGAUCAAGAGAUAGAAAAUCUAGCGCGUCUUCAACGGGAAGUACUCAAUCUACAAAACGUGUUUUUUUAUCUAAAAAGAAAGGAGCAGGGAAAAAUUCGAAUGCAAUUUGCAAUGAAAGGCCAGUUUUUGAAAGCUCCGUUACAAACAACCUACAGUUUGAAGAAACGAUGGAGACAGGUAGACGUCGUUCCAGUCAAACGACAGGUCGUGUUUUCAGCAGAAGUUCUUAUAAACGAGGUUCCGAUACAGCUUCUCUCGAUUUCGAUAAAAUCUCCGCUUUUUCUCCUGAAUUCAAAGAAGUGUUUGAAGAUGCAGAAAUAUCAAUAUAAUUUUUUCUUCGUUGUAAAUAAAAUAAGUAGGUUAAAACGGGUUUUUAUCAGCCGCAAAUUUGUUUGGUCUGUGAAAUUUUCCAGUAAAUAAAAUUACCUUGCCUGAUAUUUUUUUGUAAGUAUUCCAUCCUAUGUUGAAUAAACGUUAAAGAUAUUACAGAUAUACCUCAUGAAUAAAAAUGCAUUAAAUUAAUUGUAAUUCAGUGAAAACAUUAUAGUUUG